UAGAAACUAAAUUGUGUGUGUGAUGAAAACAUUUAAAUGUCAAUAACAAUGUGUUUAUGCAAGACAAGUGAUUGUAAAAUAAUAUCUGUGCGAAAGAAAGAAAGUUUUACCGACGUUAACAGCAAUUUGUGAUGUGUUAUCAUAUAAUAUUGUCCUUAAUUUGAAUCAUGAAUAUAUGUCAAUCGUAUAACCCAUAUAUAUUUUCCCAUAAGCAAUCAUAGUUUUAGUCUAUCUGAAUCUAUGUUUGCUGGAAAAUAUAACACUAAUGGUGAGGCAAUCUAUGGGAGAUACAGUCCACGGUGGACUUCUUGAUACUAAUGUUAUAAAAAUGGAUACCAACUUGAUGUUCCAAAAUCUUCUUGAUUACAAUGCAGCAAAACGGGUUGAAAUGCUAAUAAUUAUGAGAAAACUUCUUAAAGAUGGAAACCAACUUCCUACCUUCCAUGAUGCUCCCAGAAUUCCUAUUUUUGAAAUCCUUUUCCAUGUCUUGGAAGACACUAGGUGGGAAGUGCGCUACCAGUGUUUACUAUUGAUUUGUGCAAUGAUACCAGACAUUACUGAUGAAUUAGAUGCUUGUAUAUCUAUUGUUUUGCAAAAAGUGAUAUCAAAUCUUGGUCAUGAAAAUGUGAAUGUUCGAAGAUCAGCAUUACAAGUGCUGCAUAACUAUAUGAAGUGUACAAAUAACUUGCAAAAUUUUCAAGAAAAUUUUAUUCGUUAUGGAUUAGAAAAUCCUGAAUACAUAGUACGAAAGGGAUGCAUAAUGAGUAUUGGAAUACUUUUUGCAUCUGGUUUCGAAAAUGAGAAUUUAUUUCCUUUAAUUGAAUGUCUUUCUAAACAUUUUGUUGAUGGCGAUGCUUCCUUAUUUUAUCCAAUAUUCCUGGCCAUGCAGAAAAUACAUGAAUUAGUUGGGACUCUAACUUUUGAACAUUAUCUUCAGAAACUAGAUGAAGAAGCUGCUAAUACCUAUCUGAGAGUUUUAAAUAAGUUUACAAUAAAUGGGUCUCGCAUGAGUAGUAGUUCUGGAAGUCGUUCAAGUUUUUCCAAUCUAAAUGGUGUUGUAGGUGCAAGCAAUAAUAAACUACUGAAAUAUGAUUUUGGAAUAUUUCAACCAUAUAUUACUGAGAAAAUUAAGAGCGAUGACUGGAAAACUCGAGUUGAGGCUAUUGAACAUAUGAAAAUGAUGAUAAGAGAGAUUCCUGAUUUCAGUGAAAAAAUAUCAGAUAUGGAUGAGUACAUGAUAUUUUUAUCUCGACUGCUUGAAGAUUCAAAUUUUAAAAUUGUGAUUCAGACGCUUAGUGUUUAUGAUCUAUUGAUUGAUAAAUUUAAAAAUCAAAUGAAGAGAUUUUUGAAAACAUUUGUAACUUCUGUUUUGAAAAGAUUAGGAGAUGCAAAAUUAGUUGUAAGAGAACAUGCUAUUAGAGUCAUACACAAACUCAUGCAUUAUGUCAAACCCACUGAUGUUUUGGGUAACUUGUUGCAAUUUAAAGACAGCCGAAAUCCACGUCUCAGAGAAGAGAUAAUCAAUAGAGUGACAGGAGCUGUUUUAACUUUUCCUAGCUACAACUUUGAGUUUCUUCCUUUAUGUGAAGCUGUUGCUCCUCUUCUUGCCGAUACAAAACGAAGAGUUCGUCUAGCUGCCCUUGAAUGUUUUGCAGCUCUUGCACAAGCAAUGGGACCGACUCGUUUGGUCCCAUUGGUUACUGCUGUUGAUGUUGUGGAAAUUAAUUCAGAUGCUGAAGGACUGUUGGCAGCUGUACAGGCACGUCUUGCUCGCCGAAUACUUCCUAGAUGUACAGAAGAUGGUGCUGUGUCAUAUGCAAUUAUGUUACCAUCUUCAGCUGGUGUUCAAAACAGGAAUGUGUCCCCUUGGGGUCCUGAUAUUGAAUGGAUAAUGGCUGCCUCUGGCUCCUCAAGUUCUUCUACUCCUCCAUCCAGGAGUAAAGAUGUGCUUGCAUUUGAUAUAGAAAAUAAUGGGGAGUCUUCCGUUUCAAAAUUAGUUGAGAUAAACCAUUUAAGGCACGAGAAUGCAAAUGUAUUUAAAAGGAACAGUAACUGGGUUAAUAAUUCAGUACAAGAUGCAAUAUCAAGCUAUCCUGAUUCUCAGAAUACCGAUCAAGAGACUUUAAAAAGGGAUGUAGAUGAUGAAUACAAAAAUAGCAAAUCUAAUCCAGUAUUUGGAUUCCCAUCUGAUAAAGCAGUAAUCCCUGCAUUGAGUGAAACAUAUCAAGAAACAUUUUCUAUGACACCGAAUCCAGAUAAUCCUAAGACAAGACCUGUAAUUGUAAACAGCAAAAUACCAGUUUUAGCACGCUUACCUGGAAAGAAGCAAGUUCUUGAGGAGUCUGAAAUGCCUUUGAAAACUACUCCUUUAAGAGCUUUGUCUGCACAACGUCACAAUACUCUUCCAUCUUUUAAUGUUAGGUAUUCUGCUGCCCACAGAAGAUCAUCUUCACAUUUUUCUCAAGAGAAUCGAGUUUUAAACAUAGCUGUUGACAAAGCUAAUCCUGAGAAUGUUCUGAGGAAGAUCUCCCCGUCUGCGACACAAAUAGGAAGACAACCCAUUCUGGUGCGAUCGCCGUCUCUUAGUAGCUUGGGUCAAUUCCAGAGUGAUGUGAACUCCGGCAAUCACGUCUUCUACGGAGCCUAUUCCCCUCCGCCGAAAAACAUGGGAAACAUCGGGUCAUACUUCCGCCAAAGCCCUGGUGGCGUCGUGGUGGCACAGCCCACACCCGUUCACUUGGAUGACGUCAAUGUGUUUGGUGUUACUGUUUUAGGAGAAAAUGGGAAAAUGUCAUCGAAUCCUACCACAGAAGGAUGGGAAAUACUUCAUUCUUCCUCUCAUUCUGAUAGCAAGACUGACAAUUGGCAGAAAUCUGUUGAAGGCAUGCCUGAGGUGUAUGAGAUGCACGUUGAUUCCCCUGCCACAUAUGGCCGAAAAAUAGUUACUUCACCUCUGAACGUUGUGGAUAAUGGAAACAUAUCUAUUGCAAAGAUUACUCGGGAAAAGAUGUUGAAACGCCAGCAAGAAAUUAUGAAGGAAGCCGAGGAAAAGCGACUAAAUAAAGAACGCGAGCAUAAUCUUUUAGAACAAAAAGUCCAAGUGGAACAAGCGAAACAAAACACUGAGGCCAUUUCUCCAAUUCCAGACAAUAUCCCAAAUAAAGUUGAUUUUGAAAUUGUAGAAGACCUGCCACCUGAUGACACUGAGCCACCUCCACCGCCGGCGUCGCGGAAUGAAAAUUCAACGCCUUUGCCAAAACCUGCAACACCAGAAGACAAGCAAGUGCCAACAAAAACUCCAGUUGUUCAGCAGUAUAAAAGAUUAGAAUCUGCAAGAAGCAAAGGUUCUGCAAAACCUCUCUCCCGCUCUUCCUCCCUGAAAACUCCCAGUGCUCUUAGGAAAGUAGCACAAAAUUCAACACAAGCCCGAAACUCUCAAACUCUUAAGCACAACUUAGCUGCUAGUUCAUUGGCUCUUUUUGAUGAAUCAUCUGAUGAAGUGGCUACAUACCCGAAUCCAAAUGAAGCUCUCAAAAAGGCGUUGAAAUCACUCUCCACUGAUACAUGGAUGGGCAAAAUUGAAGGGAUACGUACUAUUCAAAGACUUUCAAAAAGUCAUCCCGAUGUUCUUCAGUUACAGUUGCAUGCAGUGGUAUUAGCUUUAUUAACUGAGGUUAAGAACUUAAGAUCAUCUGUAUCAAGAGCAGCUAUUCUUGCAAUAGGAGAUUUGUUUGUUACACUAAAAAAGAAUGUAGAACCUGAUCUAGAUCUUAUCACAAGCACACUUUUGAGCAAAUGCGGAGAAACUGUUGGUUUUAUCCGCGAUGAUAUUGAAAAAGUCAUGAAUCAUCUUAUUGAUACCAUUACUCCUUGUAAAGCUGCUCUGUCAAUUAUUGCUGGAGGUGCAAGCCAUCGUAAUGGAGCAGUCCGUAAAGUUGCAGCUCAGUCCCUUCUUGCUGUUGUAGAGAAAAUGGGUGCAGCUCGAAUACUUACUUCCUCCAAAGACGUGACAGAACGUUUGAUACCCACAACUGCACAGUUUUUGAUGGAUGGAAUGCCUUUAACUAGAUGGUAUGGACGAAGAAUAUAUCAGAUUUUAAUGCAGCAUCCUUCAUUUGACAAACUUUUACUGCGAUACGUUCAACCAAGCACUUUACGCAACAUAAAUAGUAUUCUAGAUUCUAUUCGGAAAAAGGGUGCUGGUGAUAUGCCCAAAGAAGGGGUGUCUGCAAGAACUUUGAAAAAUGAAACUCACCGAAAUGGUCACUUAAACAGGACUAUGUGAAUACUGCAUCCGUCCCUUUUUUUCAUUCAUUGCUUUUCAUCCUAAAACUGCAAUGCCUUUCAGAACAACAUUAAGCCAUCCAGAACUCUACGUCCAUUUACAAAAAUUUUAUAGUCUUAUUUUUUAUUUAACAAAUGAAUCAUUUUUAACUGAAAAACUUUCAGAAAGUGUAAUUUUUAUGAACAUCACAAAAGAAGAAAAAGAAUUGAACUGACUUUCAAAUCGAAUAUUUUAAGAGUUGAAGGUAUUUAGUCAAUGCAUUAGCCUCAUUUUCUUAAACUGAAUUGCAUAUAACAGCAAGAGCAGUUUGCUGUUUGGGGGUGCUGUACAAGUCCACGAGAAAUGUGUGUAACCUCAUGGUUUGUGCUGGUCACAGUAAUUUUUUCCAUGUAUUUGGUAACUUAGACUUCUUUUUAAUUAACUAUUGGCACUUCAUAUCAAGUUUUGAGAUUUAUAAAUACCUGUGAUGUUAUUGAAUUUUUCAUAUUAUAUAGAAAAGUGAGCCCAUAUAUGUGAAAUUACUUUAUUGAUUAUUGGUUUUCAAUGUCACAUUUUAUUUUUAUUGUUAAAAAAGAAUAAAAACUGCUAUUCAUGAAAAGUAAUAUAUAUACUCUACUUAUUAGUACGGUGAUAUGUUGAAUAUUGCUUAAAUGUUUAUACAACUCUGUUGAUCUAUUAAUAUUUUAUUUGUUACUAAGUGGUGUAUAUUAAUUUAUGGUUGUGAUAAUUAAAAAAAAAUAUUUGAAUCUAGUCUAUAAAAAAUAUCAAGUUGUUAUUGUUUUAUAUUAGAAUAAAAAGAGUUAUUAUUUAAUUAAUUUUUUUGUUGUUAAUCUUUAUAGUUUUAUUC